CGAACCACUUCUUGAGACCGAAAACAACCCCCGUUGGGUUUGAUCGGUAUAUAAUGUGCCCAAUCUUCCAAAGUGGGGAAAUGCUCUAAUCCCCCAUUGUCAGAAAGCUCAAAUAAUAAUCAGAACCGCGUAGGAUCCAAGGUGAUGGCGUCAAAGCGAAUCUUGAAGGAGCUCAAGGAUCUCCAGAAAGAUCCUCCCACGUCUUGCAGUGCUGGCCCAGUUGCUGAAGACAUGUUCCAUUGGCAAGCAACAAUUUUGGGUCCUCCUGACAGUCCAUAUGCGGGUGGAGUUUUUCUAGUCACUAUUCAUUUUCCUCCAGACUACCCAUUUAAACCACCCAAGGUUGCUUUCAGGACAAAGGUCUUCCACCCCAAUAUCAACAGCAAUGGGAGCAUUUGUCUUGAUAUCUUGAAAGAGCAGUGGAGCCCCGCCCUCACAAUAUCCAAGGUGUUGCUUUCAAUCUGUUCGCUUCUGACGGACCCAAAUCCUGAUGACCCCCUGGUGCCCGAAAUUGCCCAUAUGUACAAGACGGACCGGAGCAAGUACGAGACAACUGCAAGAAGCUGGACCCAGAAGUAUGCUAUGGGCUAGUGGGCUGCUGCUUUGUGUGUGUGUGUGUGUGUUAUAGGUGGGCUUCUUUCCCAAAUGGAUUCGGUCUUUUAAAUUACUACAAGUUGGACUCCCUCUACCUGCUCUGCACGUGGUGGUCUUCAACAAAAGUUAAAUAAUAAUGUGCCCUUGCUUUAUCAAUAUUGUAAUCGAUCUCUAUAUUCUGCAA